AUGGCGGACCACGAGCACGAGGGUCGAGUGCGUAACCGGCGCGCCAAGAGCGUCACCAGGGCGGAGGAGAUCCAGAUGGCCGAGCAGAGGGCCAGGAGGUCGCAGCCCGACAAACCAUGCCACCGUCCGAGGGACAGCCUCUUCUCCUGGAGCUCCGGAUUCGACAAUUUCACUGGAUUUGUCAACUGGGGAUUCCUCCUCCUAGGAAUUGGCGGAAUUCGGCUCCUCCUCGAGAAUUUUAUCAAGUACGGAAUCAGAGUGGAUCCCUGGCAGUGGUUCCGGUUCCUCAGCGGCAAGGACGACGGGGGUGAGGAGCACCCAUCGCUCAUUUUAAUUCUCUACUCCACGGUCCCGGUGGUUCUGUGUCUGCUCAUCGAGAAGGGGUUGGCUGCGGAUAUCAUAGCUCACGGCCCGGGAAUGGUGUUCCACGUCGUAAACCUCAUCGUGAUGGUGCUGGUGCCGAUGGUCGUCAUUCACAUUAAGGAUUCCGGAUUCAGUCUUAUUGGAGCGAUGUACGUCUGCAUGCUGUACGCCAUGUUGUUCCUGAAGCUCUGGUCUUACGUCCAGGUGAACAUGUGGUGCAGGCUGAGCACCAGGACCAAGUGCGAGAACCAGGGGAGGAUGCGGAGGCAGUCCCUCUCCUGUAAUUCCCUGCAGGCCGCGGCCGCGAAGAAGCAGAACGAGCGCCAGGUCGAGAAGGACGAGAGCGAUGGCAGGACGAACCUUGUCCAGUACCCGAACAACCUAAACCUUCGAGACCUUUACUACUUCAUCCUGGCUCCGACCCUCUGUUACGAGCUGAAUUUCCCCAGGACGCAGAGGAUCCGAAAAAGGUUCCUGAUAAAGCGAAUUUUGGAAGUCGUGGUCGGGUGUCAAGUGGUCAUGUCUCUCUUCCAACAAUGGAUGAUCCCCUCCGUGAAGAACUCCUUGAUACCAUUCAGCAACAUGGACGUCGCCAAGGCCUCGGAGCGUCUCCUGAAGCUGGCGAUACCUAAUCACCUGGUCUGGCUGUGCUUCUUCUACCUGUCCUUCCACUCUUACCUGAACCUGAUGGGAGAGCUUUUGCACUUUGCCGACCGGAACUUCUACAGCGACUGGUGGAACGCGAACAACAUCGACAUUUUCUGGAGAAGCUGGAAUAUGCCGGUGCACAGAUGGGCUCUCAGACACCUCUAUAUACCCAUUGUGGAAAUGGGCUAUGGGAGGAACGUCGCUAGCAUCACCGUCUUCUUUAUCAGCGCCUUCUUCCACGAGUACCUCGUCAGCGUCCCCCUGAAGACGUUCAAGAUCUGGGCGUUCAUGGGGAUGAUGGGGCAGAUCCCUCUAUCGAUAAUCAGCAGGAUGGCGGAAAAGCACCUUGGCCCAAGAUUUGGCAAUCUCGUGGUGUGGUCUAGCCUGAUCAUCGGCCAGCCUCUCUGCAUCAUGAUGUACUACCAUGACUAUGUCGUCACGCACUUCGGGGAGACUCUGAUCGAAAACUACUCGGUUGUCUAGAAGAUCUUUCAAGACUCCCUGAAUUUAUUGUCCGUUUCCACCCUUCCGAAAAAUUCCCAUUUGAUUUCUCCAUCUCGCGAAUUAGUCACACGAACCAACGAAUUCUUGAAACUUGGGAGAAAAUCGAAGAUGCAAUUUUUAGCACCCUUGGAGAUACUCGCCAUUAGUGCAUACUUACCUUGUUUAAGGAUAAGAUCAAACUCGGCUUAGUGCCGGAUUUUUUAUAUUGUUUAUAUUCUAUAGAGGGGUCGUAGAAAAGUGCCAAGGUGCUAAGGGGUAGUUGUAAGGAAAUCAUUCCGACGGCUACUUAUGAGUCCUCGGAUUCGAGGUCGGUGAUAGAAAGUCGAAAAUGUUGCAAUAUUUUACCAGUCAAAGAGAACGUCUCGUGCUUCCGGUCGAGGGAAACGCGAUCGCCUUCUGGAGUUUACAUUUUAUUGUAUGAAAAUAAUAUAUAUAUAUAUAAAUAUAUCAAAGACGAGGCUGCGAUCUUGCACUGAGAGAAAAAAAAAAUUCGUUGAAUCAAAGAAAUGAUUAUUUGAAUCAGACUCAAAUAAAUGUUCAUAAUUUCGAAAUAACGUUGCAGGAAAUUUAUUCGAGUCGGGUAAUUAUUUUUCUAAUUAACAAUAUAUUUCUCUGGUUCAAUGACAUAUUGUUUCUCAGGGUGCUUAAAGGCGAGGGAGCUCCCUUCAGAGGAAAUAAUUCAUAAAAUUUAAUAACGUUACUUUCUCUCAUAUUCUAUGUAAAAAAUACCUAAUAUAUUGUUAGGGUAAUUUUUAUAAAUUCCCCUAUGGUUCAGGAUUCAUUUCCUCGUAGCGUCUCUCGAUAGCAGCCAACUUCCGCGGUGUAUAUUGUCCUCCGAAAAGUACCAACACGCGCUCGAAUAGGAAAAUGUAUUUUUUAAUAGCACGUCUCGAUUCUGUUGUAAAGGUUUCUACUUUAAUACAAGCAUUGCGACGACCUUUUAAA